AUGGCUUCAGUUCAGUUCACGGCACUGAUACGCCUUCCGUUUAUUCGGGGUGACUUUGAGGAUCCGCCACAGGCACAAUGGGAUGCCGAAAAGGAUCGGCAACUCUGGAAAGUUAUAUCCAAGUCGUCAAAGACUAGUGAUUUGAACUGUGAAGCGGACAAGUUUCAAGUUCCGCCUACCUUUCUUCUACAGCAAGCAGCAUGGUUGUACGAAAGGCAUCUUGACCAUGUUCGAAACCAGAUGAAGAAGGUCAGCAUUACAAAUGCUGUUCCGUCAUCACCUACAGUCGGCAGCACCAUGACUGCUGUGGGUGGUGUGGCCAUGCGAAGAGGCGGUAGCGCCGGGUCUGGGGCUGGAAGGACACCAUCUGCCUUGGCUGGGCGUUCGAGAGAAAGCCCUAGUUUGCGUAACGCAGAAGUAGCGACGACUCCCGCUCCUUCUCUUUCGAGGACACCCUCUACGACUACAAUCACUCAGUCUCGAGCACAUGCUCAGGCGCCUACUCGAACACUAUCUACUCGGUCUACCCAGCGUCCCAACCUAACAAGCCGCAAGUCAGAGGAAAGGACUCAAGCCUCAAACUUGCCUCACCCAAGUUACAGAAAUGAUGAGGAUGUCUCACCUGAGAUCCCAGAAUCAUCAUCUUCAAGCUCAUCCUCUUUGUCGGAUGCGGACCAUCCAGUUCACCGCAGUCAGUUGUUUAAGAGACCUCCUCGUUUCCAACAGAAGCGCCCACGAGAUCUUGCUACAUUUGAUGAGGGCGAUGGUGCACAGGAGUUUGAUGAGUCUGGUUCUCAUGAGACGAGUUUGCCCUUUGCAUCUGCAGCAAGAACGCAACCAAGUAGCAGCAAAUUUGCACAGGACGCACAGUUUCGCGGUAGUACCAAAGCAGAGCAAAACGCUGUACUUCCCCAUCGCUCUAGGACCGACCCACCAUCCAGACAAAAGUCAAUUGAUGUACAGUCCCUUACCACUGAGACAGCGUCGUCAAUGACCAGCUCAGGCGGGCCUCCAUCGGCAGCGAAGAGUCCUAUGAGUCCACCUCUAGGCCAUCGUGCAGCGUUAGGUCGGCUUGGUAGCCCGAGGAGUGGUGGGCCACGAUCUAGAAAAGAAGGCAGUGAAGGCACCCCUAGUAUGGGAAGUAGCUUCAGUGAUAUUGAUGCCAUAAUGGAGCGAGGACCAUUGCUGCCAAGAAUCAUCAUCUCAGACUACACAAUUACGCCCCCAAUAGCAACAUCAUACCACGCGAUCAAAGCUUGUCAUCCAGAGAAAGAAGACACCAUAUUCUUUGGCCAAACUUACAAGCUCAUAAAAUCACUCCUCACUUACCCUCGUUGUCCGCACCGCCGCGGCACUUCCACCUGGCCCUGUCAACCUUGCGAAACAACCUUCACACGCGCAUACUGGACCUGUGCCAGCCUGCUCCUGGACUACUAUGCAGACUUUUAUGCCCACGAUAGCGCGCUCAUGCAAGCUGUAUGGUUCCACCUUUUUGACAUAUGGCAGGAAAGCGCAGCAUGGAUUAUCGACAGCCUGAUAUUAGAUGUCAGAGCAGACCGACGAACAAGCAAAGCAGAUAGAGCCCGAUGCGCAGCAAAAGCUCGAGAAUUCGUCAAACACGUCAAAGACACAGUCGAGCUCGUCGAAGUCGUCCUCUGGGGCCGCAAACAAAGCACCAACACCGCCGCUGCCGCGCACCCGACUCAAGAAACCAUCCUUUACGACCCGCGAGGCGAGGUAUGGCGUCCCAACGGCGAACACGACACCGGCCCAUGGAUCAGCGGCAUAAAGCCCUGGUGCCAGUUCCUGUACAACGGCGGACCAGGCGUAGCGCCUCCUCCUCUCCCCCCAACGUUCGCUCCUCAGAAAACAGACGACAAAAAUAAUAACACUGAAGGAAGAGUAACAACAACACGCUACGUCCCUCACUCCGCCAUCGCAAUCCUAACCGCACACACCCAGCGCGCCCGCGCCCUAGCCUCCACACUCUACACCUCUCCCAUCCCCGAAGACACCGCUCUCUCCCGCCUCAAACAAUUCGAUGCAUACGCCCCUGUCUUCCCCACCCCACGCCACCCCACACAUACCUUCACGUCGCCGUUAACGGGCCACACGGUAUCGUACGCGUUAGGCAACGGCGCGCCCCCCGUGCUGCGACAUGUCGGGUUUGCAGAUCCGGAGAUGAGCGAUGAGCGCGCCGACUGGAUUCUACUGGAUGACUGCGUGGCUAUACUCAAGGAAUUGGAUCCGUAUUUGGGAGUCAGUGCCGAGAUGGGGGAUGCAGGGGAUGGGGAGGAAGAAGCGGCGUUUGAUGUCUGGACUGUGGUUGAGGUACGAGAGAAAGAAAAGGGGGGAGAGGUGCUGGAGUUGGGGACAAUGUUUGAGAAGUGGUGUGGGAUUGGGGAGUGUGAAGUGGGUUCCAAGUCGUUCUAG